AUGGCUUCCAUGAACCAGAGUAGUAGCGUCUCGAGCGAGGCGAAAGAGCAGGACCAUGCCGCGCAGGUCAACCUCGCAGUCAAGGAACCGCAACAAAAAUCAGCCGUGAGGCGCUUGAAACAACAUUUGACAAGCCACAUCGAAGUCAACAUUCUCGCCGAGACGGAACUCCUAAUUCUCACUUUCUGUACCGGAAUGCAAGACGCGACGACCUUCCCAGACUACCAUUGCUUUGCUUCGAACCAGACGGGCAACACAGUCAUGCUAGCAAUGGCCAUCCUCCUUCCGGAGGUGGCUGGGGAACUGUUCAUCACAGAAAACAUUGGAAUCGCUUUGGGGUUUUUUCUGGCCGCAGGGUGGCUAACUGGUCAACUGGGUCACAUCGUUGGGGCACGGUCUCGUCUCUGGAUCGUAUUUUGCAAUUUGAUCCAGACUAUACUUGUCUUCGUCGCGGCUGCAAUUCAAUACGCCUAUGGUAUUGAGCUGGAAGGCACCAAAACCAUGGUGGUUAUCGGCCUACUGGCCUUCGCGGCCGGGAGUCAGGUCGUCAUAUCAAGAGCAUUGGCGAUCACGGAAAUCACCACAGCAAUGGCGACGGCAGCAUGGAUUGAUCUGCUGAUCGACCCUCGUCUGCUUACAGCAAAGAAUCGCCCUCGGAACCGUCGGGCGAGUUUUCUAGUGGCCAUUGUGGCGGGAGCUUUCUUUGGCGCAGGCAUAUAUCGGAGUCUUGGUCCAGCGACCUCGGUUUUGUUUUCAGCAAUCGGUAAACUCAUAGUGACAUUUAUGUUCUUGCUCAACAAAGCAGAGAAGUCACAAGAGUCCAGAAGCAUCGUCUGA